AAAUCCGAUAUGGCUCCAAGACGCGGCGGCGGUGGAGGUGGCUAUAGCUAUGGCGACAGCAGCAGCGUGAGCAAUCGUUGUGCUGAAGCUGGCGCAUUCGCAGACACACUUUCAAGGGGGUUUCUUGCCAUCAUGGCGGUCUUUGCGGCACUUCAGAUCCUGGUGAUUAUCAUGUACUUUGUUGUGCGUCUGCGGACAAAGACUACAAAGAAUAUCGCGAGAUUCUACACCUUUGGAUUCUCCAUCGUCCUCGCGUUGCUGUAAGUCUUGAGGUGACAACACGUCCAGUCAUGGUCCCGUACUGACACCGUCCAGGGCAAAAAUCUUAUACAUCAUCAGCACAACACUCGUGCAAUGUGCUAUCAUCGUGGACAUCGACU